GUAUUGCCUUGAAGUGGAAGAGGAGAGGAACCGCACUGCUGUAGUAUGUAGCACAUCUCCACAGCUCUGCAUAAGACAACAUCUACCAGCCUCAGCCUCUCAGACCUUUACCGGGGUUCUCUCACUUCCAAACCAUCCUUCCAUUCACUUCACUGUCCAACUUUUUUCUUGCUCUGUGCUCUUUUCUUUUCUUUUCUUUAUUUUAUGUCCCUCUCACUUUUUUUUCUUCCCCUCUGGUUCUUUUCCUCCCCCCUCUAACUUUUUACUCUCAGUCUUGCAACCUUUGCUGUGAGAAUUUCAGCUGGUGGAAACCUGUUAGGGUUUUUUUGGGGGGUGACAUUUAACGGAUAACGCCGCAUCGCCUGUUGGAAGUGGCCAAGCACCAUGAUGUCCGGAUUUUAACCCCGUGUCGGUAUAGAGGAUUUGACAUCAGGACAAUAUCCACUGUCUUCAAAUAGGUUGUGUUUCUCCUUUAGAACAUGCUUCACCUGUUUCUCCUUCUGUCAUUGUUGCCUAUGCUUCUUCAAUCGGCCUCAUCGCCUUUUUCUGUACAGCAACAGCAUCCCAUUACAGACCCCUGCUAUGACGAGCACAGCCUGCCACGUCGCUGUGUGCCUGAGUUUGUUAAUGCAGCCUUUGGAAAAGAGGUCCAAGCUUCUAGCACCUGUGGCCGUCCAGCCACCCGUACAUGCGAUGCCUCUGACCCAAAGCGGGCUCACCCACCCUCCCAUCUCACAGACCUCAACACAGCUGGGAACAUGACUUGCUGGAGGUCAGAAAGCUUCCCACGCCAUUCACCACAGAAUGUCAGUCUGACCCUUUCACUGGGGAAGAAGUUUGAGGUGACCUAUGUCAGCCUACAGUUCUGUUCUCCCCGACCAGAGUCGGUAGCAAUUUUCAAGUCCAUGGACUAUGGUAAAACUUGGGUUCCUUAUCAGUAUUAUUCAUCCCAGUGCCGUCGAUUGUACGGAAAACCUAGCCGUGCCAGUGUCACCAAGCAAAAUGAGCAAGAGGCUUUGUGCACAGAUGGACAAACAGAUCUUUACCCACUCACUGGAGGCCUUAUAGCCUUCAGCACCUUGGACGGAAGACCCUCUGCUCAAGACUUUGACAACAGCCCCGUGCUCCAAGACUGGUUGACUGCUACUGACAUCCGUGUGGUCUUCAGUCGCCCCCACCUCCAGGGAAAUAGGGAUUCAGAGGUAUCAGAAGAUGGCCCAGGAUUCUUCUACUCAGUUGGAGAAUUUCAAGUGGGUGGAAGGUGCAAGUGUAAUGGACACGCUUCUCGCUGCAGCAAAGACAAGGAGGGACGUCUCAUCUGCGACUGUAAGCACAAUACUGAAGGGCCAGAAUGUGAUCGGUGUAAGGCCUUUCAUUAUGACCGACCAUGGCAGAGAGCCAAUGCCCGUGAAGCCAAUGACUGCUUGGCCUGCACUUGUAACCUCCACGCCCGGCGUUGUCGCUUCAACAUGGAACUGUACAAGCUGUCAGGGAGGAAGAGUGGCGGGGUGUGUCUGAACUGCAGGCACAAUACGGCAGGCAGGCACUGCCACUACUGCAAAGAGGGCUUCUACCGGGAUGUCAGCCGCGCCAUCACAGACCGCAGAGCGUGCAAAGCUUGUGACUGCCAUCCAGUGGGGGCAGCAGGUAAAACCUGCAACCAGACCACGGGGCAAUGCCCUUGCAAAGAUGGCGUGACGGGUCUAACAUGUAACCGAUGUGCCAAGGGAUAUCAGCAGAGCCGUUCACCAAUUGCCCCUUGCAUCAAAAUCCCAGCAGUGGUCCCUACCCCAGCCCUCACCAGCACAGAGGAGCCAGCUGAUUGUGAGCAGUACUGCAAGCCCCCGAAAGGAAACUACAAAAUAAACCUGAAGAAAUACUGCAGGAAAGAUUUUGUGGUCCAGGUGAAUGUAUUGGAGAUGGAGAUGGUGGGAUCAUGGGCAAAGUUUACUGUCAACGUCCUUUCAGUCUACAAAUGCCGAGAAGAUCGGGUGAAACGGGGAGACAAUCUACUGUGGAUACACAUAAAAGAUCUGUCCUGCAAAUGCCCAAAGAUCCUGCUAAGCCGCAGGUACCUGGUCAUGGGCAACAGUGAAGGACAAGGGGAGAGGCCAGGACUUACAGCUGACAAAAACAGCCUGGUUAUCCAGUGGAGAGACGCUUGGACAAGGCGUCUAAGGAAACUGCAACGCAAAGAAAAGAAAGGAAAAUGUGUGAAGCCAUGAGGGUUGUCUAGGAAUGAGAAGUUUUAUACUGUAUAUAUGCAACAUCUAAUGCUUGGGACUAUGGACAUCCUAGCAUCUCCAGAGUUUGGAGGCCUACGUAAGAGCAGGGGUGCUACAGCAGCAGCCCAACUGAGAUCCACUAAUGUGGAAGGAGACUUCUCAAAAGUCAUUAGUUGAGGGUCACUCGCUUGAUCUAGAGUUACAUUAACAAUCCAUAAUUAGGUCUAAAACAACCUCACGAUGUGGGACGAUCUCACCCAUGACCCUCCAGGCAACUAACCCCAAAGUAUAUAAGACACUGAUACCUGGAUCUAUAUUUCCAUUGAUGGGGCUUAGAACAUCUUAAAGACAAUGCAAAAAUAUUUUAGAAUGACCAGGAUCAUUCCCAAACUGUGGCCUGGUGUCACAAGGUUACAAGCCUUAGCCUUGCAUGGCCAGGUUACUGUAGCACAUUGCUGUCUUAAACUCUUAUAUGUCGCAUGGUUUUCAUUUUAUUUUAUAAAUGCAAAACCAAUUCCUAGGAAUGACUGAACCUGGACAUGUGAGAUAUGUUUAUCUGCCCAAAGACCCACUUGCAGAUAUGUAUCGAUAAGAUCUUGUCUACAGUUGGCGGUUUUGCCAGCAGACAAUUGAUUGGUCAGAGAAGAUCCACGCAAAAAGUAUAGACGGGUUGUAAAGACUUGUUGAUACAUGGGGUUGACGCAGGAUGUUAUUUGGUUCUCUCUGUGUAUGGACCACACGCAUAUUUACAAACGGCGAUUCAGAAAAUUAACAAAACAUCCAUCACGGCAGCUGCUAAUCACAAUUCUUACCGGGGGGGGGGGGACGGAGAAUUCUGACCAAAUAAAUGGUAAUUACUCGUCACCUUCCAUUUUUAUCUAAAAAGCGAUUAAAACAGAUUUCUCACGUACAAGGCUUGCAGAUCAUGCUUUGUACCUAUAUGGAUUUUAUCUAGCUUUGAAGACCUGCGGAGCAUUGUACAGUAACCCAGCCUCUGCCAAACAUCACGAAGCAGCAUCUGCUGUCACUCAACAUUUCAAUCUAUUGAUUUAUUGACUGAUGUAUUCUGAGUGUGUAAAUACGGACUGUUCUGAUAUGCAAAAUAGUGUAACAUACAAGCAGGUAUAUUAUCUUAUUAUGUUAUUAUGUGUCGGACAGAACCUGCUCAUUGCUGCACAAAUUCAGCAGUGAAAGGGCGACUAAUACAGUGUGUGUUUUGUAGUAAUACAUGUUGCGUUUUACAUGUUCUAUCUGCUUAAUGUGUAUAGGAUCUCGGGUCUGCACAGCUGGUUCCUUCAUGUUCUUUUUGUCUCAAUGUCCCCAAAUCAACUGCCCGUGACUGAGUAGGGUCGGUGGGUUUGUUUAUGAAAACUGGUGCACAGACAAAAGGUUUUGUAACCCAUAUAUACCACAUUCCAGAGGGGCAGAUGUAUUAAGCCUGGAGAAUGCAUAAAGAAGUGAUCAAGCAGUCAUAAGUGCAAGGUGAUAACACUCCAGCCAAUCAGCUCCAAUAUGUAAAUUGACAGUUAUGAGCUGAUUGGCUGGUGCGUUAUCACCUUGCACUUACAGUAUCACCAUUUUAUCACUUCUUUAUGCCUUCUCCAGGCUUAAUACAUCUUCCAUUGUCAUUUAUCUAGUGUAUUUUGAAAAACAAACGCAAAUGUCUGAUUAGUAGGGUAUGGUGCACCUUAUCCUGUGCCAGGAUUGCAGUGCAUGUUUUCAGGUUAGUGCUACUGUAACUUGCACUAAAUACAUUUUAGGUUGCUAUGGGUUACAGAAUAUUUGUAAGGCGAUUGCUGAAGAACAAAGACAAUGCUUGUAGCAACGAAUCAGACAGCAGCUUUUAGCAGUCCAGUAAAGCUAAUAUGCAGCUGACUGCUAUUGGUUGACCUUGCUUUUUUCACCAUGCUAUGAAUCAAGCCUCUGUCUCUUUCAGCGAUCACAAGCUCGGUAGAGGAAUGCAGAGUUUGUCAUUAAUAAGGAUGAUGGGCAGGUGCUCAACUGUCUCGGUUUUAGAGUUCUUCUCUUGGCUACAGAUCCCACUGUCCCUCUUUAUUUUAUGAUGUAUAAGUGAGAUGGCAAAACACAUCAACUGGCUCCACUAAGUGUCAUUCUGGUUCUUACAUUCAAUGCAAUAUCAUCCAUUAUUGUAUUUAAGUGAAUGUUGGUGGUUUCAAUAUUUAAAAAAAUGGUCUUACGUGAAUUUGUAAAGAAAUGUCUGCCAAGCUUCGUGUGCAUGUUAGUAAUGUAAAGGUGUCUCAGUUUCCACAGAUAAGUGUUCAUCUUUAUCCUCUUCAGAUAUAGAGAGUUAUUAAGAGUCAAUUGUUAUAUAGCGAUUUCGCAAACGGCUGGCAUGACGCGAUCGCAUUGCGAUUGACAGGCAAUGCGGUGUUGGUGGGGAGUGGUGCAUGAAAUGGGAAACAUGGCGGUGAUGGUGCCUGCAUACGCAGCCUACCUCUGUUUCCCACUUUCUACGUUGCGAUCGCGUAUGAAAUGCGAUCUCAAUGCAGGGUGGCGCUACACAUGCUGGGUAACCUUGCCCUGUGCAGGACGGUCCCCAUCAUGUGAUUUUAAACAGUAGCAGUUUUGCGAUUUUAGUAAACUGCUACUGAGUCUGAAUAACCCGCACUAAGCGAUACGCCACAUGUGUUAAACAAAUCAAUACAUUGGCACUUGAUAGUUUUUUAUUUCAGAGAUGACCUUAUAAUCACAGAACACAAUCGGGAAGCGUGCUAGUGUCAGUUGAGUAAAGGAGACUGCAGAGGGCAUAAGAAUACUUUUCUCUUCUAGGACCUUACCUUUCCGCCGGUGAACAAACUUCCACCAUUGCAUAUAAAUAUCACCAAAGAAGCGUCGUACUGAAAACAAACAAGUAACAAAGUAUAAUGGAGUAAGGACCUGACCUGCAACAGUUCAGCUACAGACACAAACCUGAGACUGUUUAGUGCAGAAUAUCAUCCAGGAAGAAAUUAUAGCUAUAAUUGCACCUGAUCUAGCUACAGCUAAACACAGCUGAGGUAACUGGGCGUGAAUGGUGCAUAAAUACCGCAACCUAUCAGAUGUCUUCAUUUUUAAACAGUUACUAAAAAAAAUGACAAAAGAAUCUGGCUGCCAUGCUUUAUUGCACCUUUCUUCCACCGUUAUGGCUGACUAGGAUACUGAAUAAUAACAAAGGAAUAUAGGGGCAGAUGUAUUAAGCCUGGUGAAGUGACAAAAUGGAAGGUGAUAAAGCACCAGCCAGUCAGCUCCUAACUGUCAUUUUUCAAAUCCAGCCUGUAACAUGGCACGUUAUCACAUUCCACUCUAUCACUUCUCCAGGCUUAAUACAUAUUCCCCAUAAUGCAUCAGGCGGUGGGAAAUACAGCCACUAGUAAUUAUAAGGGCAAUGCAGAAGAGCAAAACUGAAUAGACCCAUGAAAAAAUGCAGCUCCCGUCUUGGGGGGUAGGGGGGGGGGGGAUAAUUUAGACCUGAUUGUAGAUGUGCGAAAAAAACACAUAUCUACGAUCAAAUUCUUAGACAUGUAAGGGGAUGCCCGGCACAGGGCAAGUCCGCCCUGCUGUAUCCCCCCCCCCCCCCUUCCCACAGACAUGUGAAAGCAUCGUACAGUGGUGAUGCUUCCGCAUGUUUCGAGUAGCCCUCUGCCUAUGCAGCUUAGCUGCAAAGUUAGGCAGCUACCCGCCAUGUUUCAGGUUGCAGCUGCUGUGUGUGAUGUCACGCAGCCGCCGCGGCCCACUCCGCAAAUGGUCCGGACACGCCUGCGUUGUCCUGACUGCGCCCCCCACAAACGCAGAGUCGAUGUCCAUUUAACCCCGCCGCCUCCCGCACUGCGAACGCCUCUGCCUGUCAAUGAGGCAGAGGAGAUCGCACAAGUGAGACGACGUCGCGUCUCACUAUGUGCGCAUGCGCAGUGCAGCUGCUGCACGUGUGCACACUUCACCGUGCUUCAGCUGCAAAUGCUGCCGCAGCAGCGUCCAUGGGGCUGAUUCAGACCUGAACUGGUGAGACCUUGGCCCCAACAGCUCAAUCUGAAUGUCUACUGCACAUCCACCUCUGUGGUGCCUUACCAAUUGCCACCCCCUCCCAGCUGUUGCCCUGUCAGACUUGCCCCGAGUAUUUUAUUUCACCUCAAUGUCAAACUGUUUGACUGUCUGAUUAAUGAAGUGAGUAUAUACGUACACCGCACCCUCCAUUCCUCCUCUUUGUGGCGAAGGAGCAGGCUCCCGCCUUGUAAACACCUUUCCAACACGGAAACACAUUCAAUAAAAAGAUUUACCCUAC